AUGUGCCUACCCGCGCAAUUCCUCUCCCACACCACCUCAUGUCAAACAGCCUUGAGGAAGUCACUUAAGCCCGCCGCACACUACAUUACCACAUGGUACAUCUUCUCUUUUCCUUUUCUUCCUUUCCCGUCCGCGCAGGGCGCUAAGGUAGGGUUCUUCUUCUUCUUCUUCUUCUUCUUCUUCUUCUUCCUUUUGAACCACACGAUCCUCCAUACCCCUACAACCAAAAAGCAGGUCAACCCCACCAGCAACACACAAGGACACCAAAAAGCUCCACCUCUUUGA